AUGGCAAAAGAUGGUACAUGGGGUGAUCAUGUUGUUCUUCUUGCUGCAGCAAAUCACUUUCAAACUUCCAUCCGUAUUAUCAGCAGCCUUGAUCGUGAAAUAGUUGUCUAUCCAGAACACGCAGUUGCUGACCCAAACCCCCUUGUGUUGGGACACAUUCAUGAGUUUCACUAUGUUAGCCUUCAGCCCAGAAAAGGUACAAUACUAGUCUCUUCCCUGUCGCAAUCAGCCAGGUUUGUUUUACUGGUGGAAAAUGUGCUCCAGAUAUCAGCCCUCUGCACUGCGGUGUGGCGUUUGUGUUCAAGAGAAGUGAGAGUUGCUAACUGCUUUUGCAUGGAUUUCCUUUCUACAAAUCAUCCCAAUGAGUUUCUUAAUAUUGUAAUCGCCUUUUUGUAAUGAGGAAAAAUCAUUUCCUUCUGAAAUUUUAAUAGUUUUGCCUCACUUCAAUUUCGUAGUUAUACUCAUAGGAGUUAGAUCCUAUUCAGCCAGAUAUUUUUCAGAUUUGCGGAUGCAACAAAGUGUCACUCGUUUAGCUUAAUGAAAGUGAGUGUGAUGUCAAACAGGCGAGUUUGAAGCAGUUCACAGUAAAAUAUCCACGCUUUAUACGGAGUGACUGGAAUCGUAAGCUAAUAUUGGCUUUGCGAUUUUACACUGAGAGAUGAUUAUUGUAAUAAGAAGAGUUUAUUCAUGGUGUCUGGUGAACACAUGUUACCCUUUAUAAAUUACAAGUUUAAGGCGCUCGGCUCCUAGAUUUUUUUCCCGAGUGAUACCGUAAAGGGAACAAAAAGGUAUUCAAAGAUUUUCUAUUUCCAGGAGUGGCGGACUGUAAUGUCCAUUACUCAACUUGUCCAAGAAAAAAUGUGUAUUUAUUGUGAAAAUCAGCGCUUUCGGUUUAGAAUAGAAUAUUGGCAUGUCACUUUCAUGACUCCAUUUCUAUGGACGUAUACACUUUCAUGAUUUGCAAUUUUGGUACUGUGUUAUUGCUAGGUGAUCCGUACGUUAUCUAAGAUUAUGUCAGUUGUCAAAGGUUCAUUAUUGACCUUCUAACCCAUCAUGUACUGUUAACAGUACAAAUUAAAAAGACAGUGGUAGAGAAUGCUUUUUUAUCGACUGACGGACGGUUCUCCCGCCUCAGUGAAUAUAACUGUGAGGAUCUAAUGGCCGUUGUUUACUAUUUUUUUUUUUGCCAGAUGAGUAUUUUUUUCAACGGAAUAAGAGGAGUAAUGAAGGGUACAUGAUGGAGAAGGACGAAAUCGGAGCAAAACGAAGAAGGACCAUGGAAGAUCAUAAGGCUUUUAGAUGUACAGGUACGAGUUCAUGAUAUGCACCUUAACCACAAACCUUCUGUAAUUAAAUCCCCCCCCCCCCCAAAAAAAAGGGCGAAUUGUACCGCUUCAAAUAUGCGAUAGAUACCCUUUCAGGGUACCAAUCUCGUCUCCAGAGGCUGUGUUGCUACCGAGGCAGGUAGACCACAAUUAAAGGAUUCGCGUGCCUUUUGGCGCUAGAUGUUAACGAUUUAGGUGACUUAUGGCUUUGUUUGUCAACCCAUCAAGAUGAACUCUUGUGUUUACAUUCCUUUCUCACUGCUGACGUCGUUGUUUGAACCUCAGAGUUAUGCAACAUAAGUAUGCUGCAACUAAAAGAACUUUCAUUGAUUCGGACUUUCGGCAAACACAAGCUUGACUUGGCUUAUGAAAUUCUCAGGAAUGUGACCACAAUCGAAUUUAGGUAACCGUAAGGUUAUGUCGGGUCUAUAUCCCGUUAAUUCCAGUGCUGCAGUGAAGUCGAGGUCAGGAUACUUCCAUUCGGGGGUGGAAGCGGAGACGUAAAACAAUGAAUCAUGAAUCUCGGAAAAAAUGUGAAUGAAUCAUGAAUCAUUGGGUAAAAAAGGCAGGAAUCAUAAACAACGAAGGACAAAUGAUUCCGCUUCCACCCCCGAAUUUCCAUGCGUUUUUUAAUAGAAUCGCAAAGUACUUCCUGGGUUGUGCUCUAGCAAAGCCCGUUGUUCUCUGGCGCCCAACUUUUGCUCCUGGACGACUAGAAAAUUUCAGUCUUUUCAUACAAAUCAUAUGCUGGGCACCGUAGAUUUUACAGGUUCAGAGCAUUAGGGACCCUUCAAUUUUCCUUAAAGCACAGCCUUGACUUCUGAAAGUGUGUCAUAUUUCCUUCUCAAACUCAUUAACAAUUCAUUAAGAAAAUACAAAGGAAAUUAAUGUUUAAUGAGUGUUUGGAAAUCGGAUGAAACACUGCUUAGUAUUUGCAUCCUUAAUUUCUCCUUCAAAAAUGAUUUUGUUGAAGUUCGUCAAAAAUACUCCGCUGCGCGUCGUAUUUUCAACUCUCUUCUCGGUGUUUCAUCUGGUGAUGAAACACUGCAUCUCAUGUUUGAUAUAUUACCUAAUCAUGCGCCCUCCAUAAUAUACAAACUAACAAGUCAAAUACUUGAUAACGUUUAAUCAGCGUGUAUGAAUAUUGUUGUUUAGAUUUGUCAUACCCAAACGACAUUUUUGAGAGGAUCCGUCAACUGUAUACAACUCGUGAACAACGCCUGCUGCCUGUCCCUUGGUGUGAAGAUUUCAGCUUUCAUUUGAAUGAUAUUUUUACAAGAUUAAAAAUCUUGGGAAAAGAAAAGACCCAAGGAGUACUUACUGACGAGAUAACCAAUAUGACUGCUAUCUUUAAGGCGCACGCAGAAUGUCAAAGCCCGAGAACAAUCUUGAUCGAGGGAGAUCCUGGCAUGGGAAAAACCACAUACUGUCAAAAGCUGGCGUAUGAUUGGGCAACUAAGAAGGACAAAUGGGAUCCAUCUUUUCCAGAAAUUGAAGUGCUAUUGCUUCUCAAAUGUAAUGAAAUUCAAUCAAACAUCUGGGAGGCUAUUGAUGAUCAAAUUUUACCCGUGGAAAUGGAAGAUCAAGCUAAGGAAUGUUUCUUUAAAUUCAUUCGCGAAAAUCAGUCGAAAGUUCUUUUAGUUCUCGAUGGAUUGGAUGAAGUGGAUCCUAGUAGCCUCAAAGUACUCUCCAGUCUUAUUCAAGGUAAAGAACUUUCAGGUUGCCUCAUUGUUGUCACAUCUCGUCAUGAGGCUGGAAGUAAAGUAAGGAGGUACUUUGACACUCUGUGGGAAAUCGAAGGAUUUACCAAGAAAGAUGCAGAAAGCUUUAUUCUUAAAUACUUUAAAAACAUCAAGAAAGAGCACUUAGCCAGGAAACUUAUAGAAAGCAUAUUUGAAUCACAACAGGAUAGAGACCUGAGCAUAUGGCAUGUGCCCUCUCGAUCUGAGCCACAACAGGAUAGAGACCUGAGUGAAUUGACAAAAAAUCCCUUAAACACUGCCUUACUGUGUGUUAUUUGUGAGGAUUUUGAGGGCGUAAUUCCAACGAGCAGAACUGAAUUGUACACGGAGAUUGUUCUUUGUGUUUUAAGAAGAUAUGAACAAAAGCAAGGUUUAGCGAGCAAGAAUGAAGAUCUAAUGACCGUUUACAAAAAUGAAUUAAUAGAUCUUGGAAGAAUGGCAUUAGAAUCUCUUCUAAAAGGAGAGUUGUAUUUUGAAAAACAUAAAUCUGAUGGUGGCCUCAUUGUCUUAUCCAAGUUCGGAUUCCUUUCACUUCAGGCUGGUGGCAGUAAGAGGAAAGUUGUUGUGCGUUAUGCAUUUCUUCAUAAGAGCUUUCAGGAGUUCUUUGCUGGUUUCUAUCUUGCUUACAAACUCAUUGAGGGAGAAAUUGAGUGCAAAUCAGUGGUGACUGACCAAAGAUAUGAGAACGAACUAUAUCAAGUCUUUUUAUUUAUGAUCGGAAUUUUAGUUUCAACAAGUGAGAAAACCGCAGAGUCCCUCGUAACGUAUAUGGCUAGAAAUAUCACAAGUCUUCAGUCUGCACAAGACGUUUCAAAGCGUUUUGUACUUUAUUUAGGAUGUUUAUCAGACUAUGAAAGUUUAGUUUGCACCUUAGUGGAGCACCUUCACAUUCCUUAUUUGAAUUUGAAGGAUAAAUUGAGGCAAAAAAAUCUGGCCGGGUCUCUUUUCAAGGCUCUUGCAGUCAACUCCUCCUUAACUAAUUUGAAUUUGGGGGGGAACAGUAUUGGUGAUUGUGGAGCUGCAACUCUUUCCCAGGCUCUUGCAGUCAACUCCUCAUUGACAAAUUUGGAGUUGAGAAACAACUUUAUUGGUCCUCCUGGAGCUGCGUCUCUUUCCCAGGCUCUUGCAGUCAACUCCUCCUUAACUAAUUUGGAUUUGAGUUUGAACAACGAAUUUGGUGCUUCUGGAGCUGCGUCUCUUUCCCAGGCUCUUGCAGGCAACUCCUCUUUAACUAAUUUGGUUUUGUUUGGGAACAGAAUUGGUGAUUCUGGAGCUGCGUCUCUUUCCCAGGCUCUUGUGGUCAACUCCUCAUUAACUAAUUUGGAACUACAUUUGAACAGAAUUGGUAGUUCUGGAGCUACGUCUCUUUCCCAGGGUCUUGCAGUCAACUCCUCAUUAACUAAUUUGGGUUUGAGUCUUAAUAGAAUUGAUGGUUCUGGAGCUGCGUCUCUUUCCCAGGCUCUUGCAGUCAACUCCUCCUUGACUAAUUUGAAUUUGGGGGAGAACAGUAUUGGUGAUUGUGGAGCUGCAACUCUUUCCCAGGCUCUUGCAGUCAACUCCUCCUUAACUAAUUUAGAUUUGAAUUCGAUAAGGAUUGGUGCUUCUGGUGCUGCAUCUCUUUCCCAGGGUCUUGCAGUCAACUCCUCAUUAACUAAUUUGAGUUUGAGUUUCAACAGUAUCGGUCCUUGUGGAGCUGUGUCUCUUUCCCAGGCUCUUGCAGUCAACUUCUCCUUGGCUAAUUUGAAUUUGGGAGAGAACAGUAUUGGUGAUUCUGGAGUUGCAUCUCUUUCUCAGGCUCUUGCAGUCAACUCCUCCUUAACUAAUUUGGAUUUGAGUGGGAACAGUAUUGGUGAUUCUGGAGCUGCGUCUCUUUUCCAGGCUCUUACAGUCAACUCCUCCAUAACUAAUUUGGAUUUGAGUAGGAACAGUAUUGGUGAUUCUGGAGCUGUGUCUCUUUUCCAGGCUCUUGCAGUCAACUUCUCCUUGGCUAAUUUGAAUUUGGGAGAGAACAGUAUUGGUGAUUCUGGAGUUGCGUCUCUUUCCCAGGCUCUUGCGGUCAACUCCGCAUUAACUAAUUUGGAUUUGACUGGGAACAAUAUUGGAGAUUCUGGAGCUGCUUCUCUUUCCCAGGCUCUUGCAGUCAACUCCUCCUUAACUAAUUUGGAUUUGAGUUCGAACUACAAAAUUGGGUGUUCUGGAGCUUUGUCUCUUUCCCAGGCUCUUGCAGUCAACUCCUCCUUAACUAAUUUGAAUUUGACUGGGAACAAUAUUGGAGAUUCUGGAGCUGCUUCUCUUUCCCAGGCUCUUGCAGUCAACUCGUCCUUAUCUAAUUUGGUUUUGUGGUUGAACAGUAUUGGUGAUUCUGGAGCUGUGUCUCUUUCUCAGGCUCUUGCAGUCAACUCGUCCUUAACUAAUUUGAAUUUGAGUAGGAACAGUAUUGGUGAUUCUGGAGCUGCAUCUCUUUCCCAGGCUCUUGCAGUUAACUCCUCCUUAACAAAUUUGGAUUUGAGUAUGAACAGUAUUGGUCCUUCUGGAGCUGCGUCUCUUUCCCAGGCUCUUGCAGUUAACUCCUUAAGAAAUUUGGAUUUGAGGUGGGAACAGUAUUGGUGA